CUUGAUGUGAAUUCGCAUAUCGUUGGGGAAAGAAAACGCCAUGUUUCAUGGUUUCGCCGUAGGCAGAUUCUAGAACACUGACUGCUCCUACCGAGCUACCAACUGGUCUCGAUCUGCUCUUGUGCGGAGAGACGAUAUACUAGGCAUUUUGGAGUGUCAUACCUCAAGUCGUUGUUCAACAAUGGUAAGGAUUGACACCAAAAGCCGGUCGCCAAAGCCAAUUGGUGUGUUGUGUACGAGUCAAAUCUUCAGGUUUGUCGCAUUUGUAUUAGCCGUUUUCGUUGCUGUCCAGACAAUAAGCAUCCUGCAGUCGACACCACACCCUCGAAUCGGCGAAAUAGGUGCACUUUCUGUGACAUCUCCGGUUUUGCGUAGCCCUCAUGACUUGGAGCAAUGUCGAUUCUACUUGGCCGAGUCGGCCAUUCCACAUGGAGGUCUUGGUCUAUUUGCAGGCGUGGGCCUUCUAAAAGGUGAUAUGGUAGGAUUCCCAGACAUCUGCAUUUUUGUUUCUGAUGCACCGGACCACUGGACCCAUUUGAGAUCACACACGUUUGGCUGGGCAUCGUUUUUUGGUCAAUAUGAGGGAAAGAAUUCUCGUGCUGCCUGCGAAGGGUUUGCCACCACGUUCAACACAAUGCCGUUGACACAUAUUAAUACAAAACUUAAAUCUCCAGUUCAACCAACGAACGCCGGCCUUGAACGCGGAAGCCAACCGGGAGCAGGAGCAAUUACUCAUCACUACGGAAUGCAUGCAGAAGCUCUUGAUGUCAUACCUGCUGGAUUUGAGUUCACAAUAGACUAUGGCGAUUGGGAUUUUGACGACAACCAAGAGUACACUAAGCCGCAGCGGACGAUACCGAACUUGAAAGAAACAGGGUGGUGCAUUGAUAACAUUGACAUUCGUCAAGCAAUGGAUCCGUUUAUGGGACGCGGUGCAUUUGCAAAAAGAUUCCUUGCAUCGGGAACGGUAGUCGCUCCAGCCCCCUUACAGUGCUUUGAAGACAGAGCCGUCUUUCAAAAGACGAAACCAGAGCAACUCUACGUUAACUAUUGUCUACAACCGAAAAACUCAAAGAUGAUCUUCUUUCCGUAUGGUCCAGGCGUCGGGCUCAUUAACCACAGUAUCGAUAAAGCAAAUGUGGAAUUCAAAUGGUCCAGAAAUGCCAUGCAUCAUAGUGGUUGGUUAAGUCUCAGUUAUAAUGACUUUUGGAAAGUCGCAACACCUGGUGGUCUCAUUCUGGAUGUUGUAGCAACUCGAGAUAUUUUGCCGGGUGAAGAGCUCUUUCUGAAUUAUGGGACCGACUGGGACACAGCUUGGGGGAAGCAUGUGCAGGAAUGGCUACCUCCAAAUGGGGCAAACGAUUACAUUUACCCGGAAGACAUGGACGAAACUGGCAUUUUGCGCACACUGCAGGAACAGAAAAUAAACCCUUACCCAGAGAAUCUAGCCCUACUUUGCAAUACUCCUGAUUGGGAACGUAAAGAAUCAUAUCAUAUUGAUUGGGCGGAACCUGAGCACGAAUGGGCCGAAGGUAUGGUUUAUUGCCAUAUAAUAGAGAGGACGAUAGCGAAGAACGGUGAUGUCGAGUAUACGGUUGCCCUGGAUUUUCACACACAAAAAGGGAAGAAAACGACAAGAAGCUACAAUGACUCGAAACCUUUCGAGAGACAAUAUGUCGAUCGAAAAGUACCACGCAGAGCAAUUCGAUGGAUUGAAAAACCAUACUAUGACGACGAACACAUGGAAAGGGCUUUUCGCCAUCCAAUAUCCUUUCCCAAGGACCUGGUUCCUAGUGCCUGGAAAACGAAGCUGUAG